CCGGUGCGGCGGUGCAACACCGCGCGUGGCUGUUUCCCCCCAACUCUGUUUAUCCGUGUACACGACUGCACUUUCCUCCAGCUAACCCCCCGAAAAUGAACGACAAAUACCCAAAAAUGCGUAAACUAAACUCAUCAAUCGAUAUAAUUCCGAUCCAGGGUGCAAGCAGUGAGGACGGACGUGUGUUCCCCCGAGGGAUGGACGAUCGUCACUUUCCCCGAGAGCAACUGCUCCUGGAGCGUGUCCAGAAGUACCUCUUCGACAACGAGGAUCAGAUAUACAUCGACGUAAACGACAUGGCCGAUAAUCUCCAGAAGCGGUACAGUGAUUACAGAACAAAGAAACGUGGCCCCUUCAGAACAGUAGUGAGACGUGCCUACGACAAGAUAACCGAGAGUAUGUCAAGACAAGAGGACCUAGACGACGUUGAGGUGCAGUCUGACAUCGAGCAGGGCUCGAUCAACAACGAGAUUGUGAAGAUGUACAGUAAAGGAGUUGUGGGUGAUCACAAUGGUAAUUCCAGUGACAAAGAGCUCAUUGACAUCAGCAGUGACGACGACCACGAGGAGAAUCCCCUGUCCCUGAAGCACACAGCGGAGGUGAUGAAGCUACCGAAGAACAUGAUCGUCCACUCGUGCACGAUCUCCAGGGCCUCGAAGGAGACGAGCAAAGGCAACGACGAGCCGAAGAAGGUGCCAGAGCUGCCACCACUGAAGCCACUCCCCAAGAAACGAAUAAGAGAGAGAAUGGAGGAGAUGCCUUCCUCCAAACGUAGAAGAGAAGCCCAUGGGAGGGCAGUACCAGCCCCAAAGCCACCGAAAUUCCAGGACAUUGGGGGCAACGUCAAGGUCCUGGAGACAGUCUGUCGUAUUCUGAUCCACAUGAAGCAUUCAGUGAUCUUCAGACAGCUGGGGGUGACGCCAACACGAGGAUUACUGCUCCAUGGGCCCCCAGGCUGUGGCAAGAAUCUCCUGGCUAAUGCCAUUGCUGGUGAGCUGGGGGUGCCAAUCCUCAAGAUUGCUCCCCCUGAGCUCAUUGGUGGACUCUCUGGGGAGAGUGAGUCCAAGAUUCGAGAGCUGUUCGAUCAGGCUCUGGCUCUGGCUCCCUGUGUUCUCUUCUUUGAUGAGAUUGACACUCUUGCUCCACACAGGGCUAAUGCCCAGAAGGAGAUGGAGAGGAGGAUAGUCACACAGCUGCUGGCUUGUCUGGAUGACCUGGGGUCGAGAGAGAAUGGGGAUAAAGUGCUUAUUCUCGGGGCGACCAAUCGCCCUGAGGUGCUUGAUCCAGCGUUAAGGAGGGCUGGGAGGUUCGAGAGGGAGAUUGCCCUGGGAAUUCCUGACAAGAAGACUCGUGAGAACAUCCUCAAGGUGCACUCUGCGACGUUGAAACUCACGCAUGAAGUCGAUCUUGGGAAGAUUGCAGCUGUGUCUCCAGGGUGUGUGGGUGCAGAUCUCGUGUCGAUCAUCAGGGAAGCUGCGAUUGCAGCUGUUGAUCGAGUCCUCAAGCAUCAGGAGAGCAAGGAGGAGGAGAAGAAGGGCGGGGAGGAGGAGGAGGAGGAGGAGCAGAAGAAGGGCGGAGAGGAGGAGAAACCUGUAGAGGAGGUGCCUGAAGCCACUGCUGAGGAGAAGGAGGAUACGACAGAAGUGGUGGAGAAUUCUGAUAAGAGCUCUAUGGAGACUGCUGGGGACAAGGAGACGGGGGAGACUCAGGAGCCAGAGGUGAUUGAUCUCAAGGAGGAUACGAAUCUACCUCAGAUGAGUAUAAAUGGAGAGGAGAGUGGGGAGAAGGAGGAGGAUGGCAGGGAGGAGUUCAAGGAGCUCGACAGACUUCUGAAGAUACUUCACAGUGAUGUGGCACUUACUCCGGAGCAGAUUGCUGAUAUUAAGAUAAAGGAUUCGGACUUUGAUGUCGCUGUGAGGGCUGUGCAGCCCUCUUCGAAGAGGGAAGGCUUCGCCACUGUUCCUGAUGUCACCUGGGAGGACAUUGGGUCCUUGAGGGAAAUCAGGGAGGAGCUGCAGAUGGCCAUUCUGGCCCCUGUCAAGUAUCGCAAAGAGUUUGAGACCUUUGGGCUGACGACACCCAGCGGUGUGCUCCUGUGUGGGCCUCCAGGGUGUGGGAAGACUCUUCUGGCUAAGGCUAUUGCUAAUGAGGCAGAGAUCAACUUCAUUUCGGUGAAGGGACCCGAGCUGCUCAGCAUGUAUGUGGGGGAGAGCGAGAAGGCGGUGAGACAGUGCUUUGUCAGGGCGAGGGAUUCGGCGCCUUGUGUCAUAUUUUUUGAUGAGCUCGAUGCACUGUGCCCUGUGAGGACCACUGGGGAUAACUCAGCGACGUCGAGGGUUGUCAAUCAGGUAUUGACGGAGAUGGAUGGCAUCGAGGGGAGGAAGGAUGUUUACUUGAUGGCUGCCACCAAUAGACCUGAAAUCAUCGAUCCUGCUGUUAUGAGGCCUGGACGGUUUGAUAAGAUUCUUUAUGUUGGGCUGCCCACUGGCGAGGACAGGGUCGACAUUCUCAAGGCUUUGACAAAGAAUGGAACAAAGCCCAAAUUUGCUGAGGAUGUGGAUCUAGAGGCGAUUGGGAAGAACGAGAGGUGUGAGGGAUUCACUGGGGCUGACUUGGGAUCUCUCGUUAAGGAAGCUAGUAUCCAGGCAUUCAAAGAAUCAAUGGCACAGUCCUCGGGCAUUACUGAAGUCCAUCAGAGACAUUUCGAUGUAGCUUUUAAGAAAAUUCAACCAUCAGUUAAAGAUAAGGAAAAGAAACAUUACGAAAAAUUGAAGAAACAGUAUACAGUACAAAAAUUCCAAAUCGAAGAUGUUGUAAUGGAGACUCCAGUCGACGUCCCCAUGCAGGAUGCAUCCAUGGAAGCCAUGGAAACGUGAAGCUGUUCAAUUUCUGUAUCAAGAAGUAGUUGGAAAGCACCUAACAUCUUUGAUUAUCAGUAAUAUCUUUAAGCCCAUUUUUCUUUCUAGUUUCCACUUGGAAGUUCGUGAAUACUGUUUUGUUCUAAUAUCUUCUCAUAUGCAUAUUUUUCACGAUAGCUUAUGUAUACGUUGGUAUAUCAAAAAUCAUAACAAACUAUGAAUAAACGAUAAUAAUUUUUGGGUAUGAACAA